AGAGUGCAGAGUUUCCGUUGUAAGUGAGAAAAUGAGAGAAGAAAUAUAGAAACCAAGCAUCUCGGCGAAUCAACCCUCUCCAGGAUCGAUCUUCUCCCUCCUCUCCUCUUCAGAUCCACACAGACCUCUUCAUUCUUUUCGAUCUCAAUCUCUGCUUUUGCUCUGCAUCUCUUUGAUUUCACUAUCAAGAAAAUCCCCAAUUUGUAUUCCCAAUCGUCAUUUCUAGGGUUUCCGAUUUUUCAUUUUCGCGGCAAUUAGAGUUUUCGAUUCAUUCGAGCACUGUAAAUGCAUCGGAUCGCGGCCUAGGGUUUCGCCGCGAAUGUAUGAAGUUCUGGUGCUGCCUGUGCUUCACCGUAGAGGACGACGAACCGGAAGAGACGAUGAAGGAGGACGGCGAUUUCGUUGAUAAGGAGGUUUCCGAGGGCGUUGUUAUGGAGAGUAAUGAGGCGGAGGCGGAGGAGGCCGGGCCGAGAUUGGAGGUGGCGGCGAGUGACCGUGACGGCCACCUGAGAAUGUUUGAAGGAAUGGUCCAGGCAAUGCGGGGAGGGACUCAGUGGGAUGAGUCGGUGUGCGUUGGAGCUCUUGACACCUUGAGGGCGGCGAUUAGGACGACGCCGCGGUGGUCGGAGGGCGAGACUAGCUCGGCGCCUCCGCCGGAGGUGGAGGAGGACGGCGAUCAUGAUUUGCAUCAUAAGCGAGCUAGAGUUCACUCAUUUCCUCAUGAUUUCUAUUAUGCAAUGGCACUGACAUCAGGUGCUGGAAAUUCUAGUUCAUCAGACAGAGACUACAGCAGAAGUCAAGGCUCUAAUGCGCUGUAUAAGAGCGAGGCCUUUUAUCAUAGUAUUACACCAAACAAUGGUGACGAGGAGAAUCGAUAUGAUUCUGGCAGUGGGAAAGAUGAUGAGAGAGAUAACAAUGACACUUCAAACACUGAAGAUUUUGAAGUUCGUAUGGAUCUUACAGAUGACCUGUUACACAUGGUCUUUUCUUUCUUAGACCACAUCAAUCUUUGCCGAGCUGCAAUAGUCUGCAGGCAGUGGCGAGCUGCUAGUGCUCAUGAAGAUUUCUGGAAAUGCUUGAAUUUUGAGAAUCGGAACAUAUCUGUAGAGCAAUUUGAGGAUAUAUGUUGGCGAUAUCCGAAUGCCACACAAUUGAAUAUAUCUGGUACCCCUGCGAUUCCCUUGCUUGUUAUGACUGCAAUGACGUCGUUAAGGAAUCUUGAAGUUUUGACUCUAGGCAAAGGGGCAAUAGGGGAUCUGUUUUUCCAUUCCUUGGCAGAUUGUCAGAUGUUGAGAACUUUAAUAGUUAAUGAUGCGACUCUUGGUACCGGUAUUCAGGAGAUACCUAUAAACCAUGAUAGACUGCGUCAUCUUGAACUGACAAAAUGUCGUGUCAUGCGCAUAUCUAUCAGAUGUCCGCAACUGGAGACGCUGUCAAUGAAGCGCAGUAACAUGGCCCAGGCUGUUCUUAAUAGCCCUCUAUUGCGGGAUCUUGAUCUAGGGUCAUGCCACAAGCUUUCAGAUGCUGCUAUUCGUUCAGCAGCCAUUUCUUGUCCUCAAUUGGAGUCACUAGAUAUGUCAAAUUGUUCAUGUGUUAGUGAUGAAACUCUACGUGAGAUAGCUCAAGCUUGUGCAAAUCUCCAUGUUCUCGAUGCAUCAUACUGUCCGAAUGUAUCCCUAGAGUCUGUAAGACUGCUAAUGCUGACAGUUCUCAAGCUACACAGUUGUGAGGGCAUCACUUCCGCUUCAAUGGCUGCAAUAGCAUAUUGCUCUAUGCUAGAGGUUCUGGAGCUUGACAAUUGCAGCCUACUUACCUCUGUGAUCUUGGAUCUUCCACGUUUGCAGAAUAUUAGACUGGUACAUUGUCGCAAAUUUUCUGACCUGAACCUCCGAACUCUUAUGCUGUCGUCUAUCAUGGUGUCUAACUGCCCGGUCCUCCACCGUAUUAGCAUCACUUCAAAUUCUCUUCAAAAACUAUCAUUGCAGAAGCAAGAGAGCUUAACAACGUUGGCUCUGCAAUGCCCAAGUUUGCAAGAAGUGGACCUCACGGAUUGUGAAUCUUUAACAAAUUCUAUAUGCAAUGUUUUCAGUGACGGUGGUGGCUGCCCUGUGCUUAAAUCUUUAGUUCUUGAAAAUUGUGAGAGCUUAACAGCAGUUCGGUUCUGCAGCACUUCUUUAGUCAGUCUUUCGCUUGUUGGUUGUCGAGGAAUCACUUCUCUUGAACUGACAUGCCCCUAUCUUGAACAAGUUUCUUUGGAUGGCUGUGAUCAUCUUGAAAGUGCAGCAUUUUUUCCAGUUGGUCUUAGGUCACUUAAUUUGGGAAUAUGUCCCAAACUGAAUGCCCUCAGUAUCGAUGCGCCAAACAUGGUGCUGCUUGAGUUGAAGGGAUGUGGUGUAUUGUCUGAAGCAUCAAUUAAAUGUCCACUCUUAACAUCUCUGGAUGCUUCCUUUUGCAGCCAGCUUAGGGAUGAUUGCUUAUCUGCAACAGCUGCUUCUUGUCCACUGAUCGAGUCUUUAAUUCUCAUGUCGUGCCCCUCUGUUAGUUCUGAUGGACUUUAUUCUUUGCAAUGGCUCCCAAAUUUGAUUGUGCUUGAUUUGUCAUACACUUUCUUAAUGACCUUGAAGCCAGUAUUUGACUCUUGCAUUAAGCUAAAGGUUUUAAAAUUACAAGCAUGCAAGUAUCUAUCUGAUUCAUCCCUGGAGCCUCUUUACAAAGAAGGGGCUCUUCCAGCUCUCCAGGAAUUGGAUUUGUCGUAUGGAACACUUUGUCAGUCUGCGAUUGAAGAGCUUUUAUCUUUCUGUAAACACUUAACGCAUGUGAGCUUGAAUGGCUGUGUGAACAUGCAUGACCUGAACUGGGGUAUCAGUGGCGGGCAGCUUCCCAUAACGCCUAGUAUCUCUGUAUCAUCAGGAAUGUUUUCACUUGAAUAUGUCCAUGACGCAGUUGAGGGUGGAAACCGUCUGCUGCAGAAUCUCAAUUGUGUGGGUUGUUCAAAUAUCAGGAAAGUUCACAUUCCAGUGGCAGCAGGUUGUUUCCAUUUGACUUCAUUGAACCUUUCUCUGUCUACAAAUUUGAAGGAGGUAGAAGUUGCCUGUUUCAACCUAUGCUUUCUUAAUCUGAGCAACUGUUGUUCUUUGGAGGUUCUAAGACUCGACUGUCCCAAAUUGACGAGUCUCUUUCUUCAGUCUUGCAACAUGGAUGAAGCAGCAGUAGAAGCUGCAAUAUCAAAAUGUAGCAUGCUGGAGACUCUUGAUGUUCGUUUUUGUCCCAAGAUUUGUCCAUUAAACAUGGGGCGAUUACGUGCUGCGUGCCCAGGUUUGAAGCGCAUCUUUAGCAGCCUGUCACAACAGUCCUGAUGAAGAGCAAGAAAUGCAUCUAGUUUCUUUGGGACUUCAACAAGCUUCUUGGUCAGCAAAUAGAUUUGUCAGCAAUCAGUGAGCUUCUAUGUAAAUAUUUUCCUCUGUUUCAGUUGCGUUUGCUUUGACAAUUACAGGUAGCAGCUGGGAGCGUCUUAUGUAGCCAGCCAUACAAUAAGUUUACCCGAGUUGUAUGAUUGUUUUUUUUUUCUUUUAAUUCAAUUUCCUAGAUCGGCUGAAAUUCAAAACAACCUGAAUCCUGUUUGUUUGUAUACAGUACUACCACAUUUGUGUCCUU